GCUAGACUACAUCUACCCACGACACUGCAAAUGCACGCCAUCUCCAAGCAUGGAGAUAGACCGAACUCAGCCAACAGCCGCCUCCGCGGUACAGUUGACUCAUACUCAUACUCAUACUCAUACUCAUGCAUGCACGAGGUCCCGCGAACCCACAAAUCCCAGGUACGGUACCAGAGCAGUGCACCCACAUCCUCAUCCACAUCCACAUGGUUUGUUUUCGGAACAUUAACAUCCUCGUGGUGCGUGUCAACGGUAAUCCACAAGCGAAAAGUCCGGACCAAUCUAAUCCAGUGCAAUGCAAUUCAAAGCCAGCAAAACCCAGAACCAGUCCAUACUGUA